AUGGUUUCAUAUCAAUAUUUAAGAUUAUUUAUUUUGUCUUCUGCUGUUCUUUCCAUUCAUGCUUCAACAAACAAUGUAGAAUUAGGAAAUGAUGCAGAUCAUGUUGUAAAGACGGCGGACCCUUCAAACAUCAAUGUUGCAUUAGAAGGAACUACAAAAAAUGCAGAGUAUAAAGAAGAAAUAAAGGAGGAAGUAAAGGAUAAAACCGCUGGGUUUCCAUUGAAACCCGAAGAUUUGGGAGCGGCAGUUCCAAAAUUCACAGAUUGGACCACAUUCAAGCAAAGCUUAGAGGACGAUUGGGAGGGAUUUAAGAAUAAAUUAAAUGAAACAAGAGAAGGAUGGAUGCAAAAAAGUAAUGACGAGUGGGCGAAUUGGAUUAACUCAAUUGAAAAUAAAAGGUCAGAAUAUAAUCAAGUCCCAACAGAAGAAAAAGACACUCCAACAUUGAAAAAACAGGAUUGUAAGGACAGUACAUGGAAAAAAUUGUUCAGCACAAAAAGAAAAUUCGGAACUCAUUCAAAGUUGAAAAAAUGGUUGGAUGACAUUCAUUCUAAUUUAUUUAAACUUCUUCUUAAAGAUAUAAAACAAUUUAAAGACAAGAAAAUCAAGGAAUGGUUAAUGUUCCACUGGAAAAUGAACGAAAAGGAUGCUGAUUAUAAAUCAUUUGGAGUUAUGCGAACAGGGAAAAUUCUAAAUUUGGCUCAAUCUAGAAAAUGGUACAGUGCAAAUCCGCAUAUAGAUAAACAAAGAAGAGAACUCAUGUCGUGGUUUUAUCAUAAGGAGAAUGAAUAUUUAGGACAAGAAUGGGAAAAGUUGGCUCAUUGGAAGAAUGAGAAGGUUGAUAUAAUUAAUUCAGUGUGUGCACGCGGAAGUAUCUACAAUACGCCUAAACGAAUUAAAAUAGAAUGA